AUGGCGGGGGCGAGCGCUGUGCUGAUUCUGGACGGACGAGGCAAGGUAAUUAUUGGGCGAGACUACCGUGGCGAUGUCUCGCUUGCUGUGAGUGAUCGGUUUGCCAGUAAAGUCCUUGAACAGGACGAGGCGUGCGUGACCCCGGUGUUUGAAGACGAAGGGGUUACAUAUUGCUGGGUUAAGCUGAAAAAUGUUUAUUUGCUGGCACUAACAAGGCAAAAUGCGAAUGCUAUGAUGCUAGUGGCGUUUCUGCACAAACUGGGCGCCGUGCUGACGAGCUAUUUUCACGAACUAGCAGAGGAAAGUCUUCGCGACAACUUUGUCAUCACGUACGAGUUGCUUGACGAGAUGGUAGACAACGGGUACCCCCAAACCACUGAGGUGAAAGUUUUGAGCGAAUUCAUAAAGAACCAGGCGCACCAAUUGACCACGGCCGCCAUCCGGCCGCCCACUGCCAUGACGAAUGCUGUGUCGUGGCGGUCCGAGGGCAUAGUGCACAAGAAAAAUGAAAUAUUUCUCGACGUUGUGGAGAAGCUGGACCUGCUUGUGGCGGCAAAUGGAAACGUGUUGCGUUCCGAAAUCCUCGGAUCGCUCAAAAUGAAGUCUUUUCUCUCUGGCAUGCCAGAACUGAAACUAGGCUUAAAUGACAAGCUGGUGCUGGAAAAUUGCGGGAAAUCGACGGGCAGAGGCCGCGCAAUUGAGAUGGAAGAUGUCAAGUUUCAUCAAUGCGUCCGUUUAGCACGUUUUGAGAACGACAGAACUAUUUCCUUCAUUCCCCCUGAUGGCGAGUGUGAGCUCAUGUCGUACCGGCUGCACACCCAGGUGAAGCCCCUCAUAUGGGUCGACUGCCAAGUGGACAUGGGAACUUCAGGAAGCCGUCUGGAGUACUUAGUCCGCGCAAGAAGCCAAUUUAAACCCCGGUCUGUCGCUGGUGGAGUAGAAAUUCGUAUACCGGUUCCGGCAGAUGCCGGUGCGGGGCAUUUCAAGACCACCAUUGGGAGCGCGAAAUACGUACCGGACUUGGACUGUCUCGUGUGGAGCAUCCGGCACUUUCAGGGCCAGAGAGAGUACAGCAUGACGGCUUCGUUCGCGCUCCCUUCCGUAGAAGACGACUCGCGGCGUAAUUUCAUGCGCCGACCUAUUCAGGUUGUUUUUGAGAUACCCUACUUCACCGUCUCAGGCAUUACAGUCCGCUACCUCAAGAUCAUCGAAAAAAGCGGAUAUCAGGCCUUGCCCUGGGUUCGAUACAUUACGCAGAAUGGGGAUUACCAGCUCCGCCUGACUUGA